GCCGCCGCGCCACGCCUCCCGCCGCCACCAGCCAGUUCGUCCGACCGCCGCGCCCAGGUGUACUCGCAUUCAACUGGUUAAUCCACUUCCUAAGGGUGUUUAUAAUUGGGGCAACAUUGUGUGUUCUCAUCUACGUCCUCUAGUUAUGGCUUCAGAGUUUGAGACGAUUGAGCAAAGAUUGAAAUCUUUUCAAGGCCAGCUUCUGUCGGAGUUUGGCAUUCUCGAUCGAAUUGUCUAUAAAAACAAGAAUCAGCACAGAAGAUGCUCAUACUUCCAGCACCUCUCAAAGGUGAGAAGAGACCUGAGGCUUUUGAAAUCAGCGAAACUGGAUGAGAUACUCACUUCCUCCUUUGACAUCAUCCAUGGAAAGAGGCCCAAGCAAAAGCUUCACCUCCUGGAAAGCCUGAAGAGAAGAACAACAGCAGAUGGCAAGAAGCAGACCUUCUUAGAUCGGCUCCUCGGCGUUGCCCAUCUAUUGUCACAAAUGGUUGAACCGGUGCUGAAGGCAGCAACGCAGGUAUCCGUUCUUCUUGCCCAGUCGUUCUUCAUGGGGUUUUCAUUAACUGUCCUGGCUUUGCUGGCGAGAAUCAGAGUCCUCGUCCAACAAAUGCUUCUAGAUGUUGUCUGUGUGUUCAAUCGUGUGUCAUCCAUGUCCCAAAAAAAGCAAUCCGUGAAACUGAACACCGAAGGAUUUGAGGUUUUUAAAGAAUAUUAUCCUGCCAAGGGGCGCGCUAUUUCCCUAGAAUGUGUCUGGGAAACAGAUAAGUACAAGUUAAUUGUGCAAAAAGGUGAAUCUCAGGAAGAUGAAAUGAAACAAGAUGAGCCCAUCAAAUCGCCGAAAAUCAAGUACCAAAGCAUUGAGAUGUUUCUAGGAGAUGAUGAAGUUUCAGUAGAUGAUGGAUCGUCCGUGUUGAAUAAGGAGGAUACAAAUUCUCCGUCGAAAAAUCUCAACGAUGACGUGGCAUCAUCUCCCGGGAAGAGUAGCGUUUCUCAUGGGAGUGGAUCGUCAUUCCCAUUGAAACAUAAGUCUGAAGCGAAGCGUAGUGUUGCAUUUGUGCCCGUAAAGAGGCCUUCUCUGUCUUCAUUGCCGCCAUCUGCAAAUGAACCAGUGCUUUCAUUUCAAGGAAUGCAAAAUGGUGACCCUUCAACUAGAGGAGAAGAAGAAGAAGAAGAAGAAGAAGAAGAAGAUCCUUUUUUCAGUUUGCUAACUGGAGGAAAUAGGAACAGUACUUUGUUCUAAUCAUCAUAAAGAUGGAGUAGAAUAACUUGGAAUGAUUUUAAUUUGGUUUUAUUAGACUCAAUACACUGCAAGGAUAUGG